AUGGCUUCCACAUCAACUAUUAUUGAUAGUCAAAUAAAUGAAAUGCCAAUUGAUAAAUCAAUUCCAAUUCAUCUUGAUGAAGAAGCUAUUCUACCAAAGUCAAAUAAUCAAUCUAUAGUAGAAACACCAUUAAUACCAAUAAAAACAACAAGUAAAACUUCAUUAUCAUCAACAAGUUCAAAAACAAGUGAUUAUCCUGAUAUAUGUCGAAUAUGUCAUUGUGAAGGUACAACUGAUGAACCAUUGAUAUCGCCUUGUUAUUGUUUGGGUACGAUGCAAUAUUUACAUCAAUCAUGUUUACAACAUUGGAUAAAAAGUGCCGGUGUUAAAUCCUGUGAACUUUGUAAAUUUGAAUUUAUUAUGCAUUCAGAAAUAAAGCCAUUUAAACAAUGGCAAAAAUUAGAUAUGAAUGUCGUUGAAAGACGUAAAGUCAUGUGUUCUGUUGCAUUUAAUUUAAUAGCUGUUACUUGUGUUCUUUGGUCACUUUAUGUAUUAAUUGAAAAAACACGAGAGGAAGUUAAAGCUGGAAAACUUCGUAUGUCAAUAUUCUUUUUUUUU